CCUAGAUUGCGGUCUUGUUUGAUUACGCGGGUAACGCAUUGGGACUAGAGCGUGACUAAAGGAGUAAUGGGUGCUUAUAAGUUUAUGCAGGAGCUUUACCGCCGGAAACAGUCUGAUGUUAUGCGUUAUAUACAACGUAUGAGAUGCUGGGAAUAUCGGCAAUCUCAUGCAAUCGUUCGCGUAACUCGACCAUCCCGUCCUGACAGGGCUAGAAGAUUGGGUUAUAAGGCCAAACAGGGCUAUGCCAUCUACCGUAUUCGAAUUCGACGAGGUGGUAGAAAACGUCAAGUUCCAAAGGGUGCAACGUAUGGUAAACCUGCUGGUGAAGGUGUUAACCAAUUGAAAAACCAGCGAUCAAUACAAGCAGUUGCAGAGGAGCGAGUAGGUCGGAAGUGUGGUGCUCUUCGCAUUCUAAACUCCUACUGGGUUGGAGAGGAUAGCACGUUUAAAUUCUAUGAAGUUAUUUGCAUAGAUCCUUUUCAUAAAGCAAUCAGGCGUGACCCUCAAAUUCGUUGGAUAUGCAAAGCGCACCAGAAACACAGGGAAAUGCGAGGUCUUACGUCCGCUGGUUACAAGUCAAGAGGUCUCGGCAAAGGACACAAGUACCAUAAGACAAUUGGUGGCUCUAGACGUGCAGCUUGGAAACGUCUCAAUACUGUAGAGAUGCGACGAAAACGCUAAUUUUUUAAUUACAUGCCUUGGGUACGCAGUUUAUUCUUUUUCUAUUGCAUGACUCCUAUUAACGGUGUAUUCUUGAAGUUCAACACGCUAACCUGGUUGGAAAGCUCCCUUUUUUGCUUGUGUAAGUUAUUUGACUACAUUGUUAGGGAAGUGAGAUGCGGGUUUCACUCUCCCCCAAGGCAAUUCUAAAAGAAACCUCUUGUUUAUCAUCCUGAUCCAUACAAAUUACUCAAAACAUAUGAAUCUUGCUAUUUUAAAUUACUUAGCUUUUCUGACAGCUCGUGUUGCACAUUGCAUCAAGAUAAUAAUACACGCAGAAAAUCUUUAGCAAUUUUACAUCAGGAACUAGUCGCAGUCAUCCC